UGAAUGAACAUUAAUCCAACCAACUUCUUUUAUCUUAUUUGUUUUGAAAUAAAAUCGUGAAAUGUUAAUUAAUGUGUGUCGAGUUUGCGGCAGGAGCAGGCUAUGCCCCAAGGCCGUGAAUCUCUUUAAGCCUGGCAGAAAGGAGCUCCUUCGCCGUAUUCAUUUAAUAACCGGAAUUCGGCUUCAGCAGAUUCCCAACGCACCGGAUAUGGUGUGCUUCUGCUGCCAGACGGACAUUACUUCAGCAAUGCUUUUCCGGACGCAGUUCAUCUUGGAACAGAAGAAAUGGGUGCCAGUGAAAAAUAUAGAUGAAGUUGUGGAAAAUAAGGUACAGAAAGGGAAGGAAAAGGUGGAGAAGGAGGAGGAGAAAAAGAAGAAGGAGGAUCCAGUGCCUAAAAAAAGAAAAUGCCAGCGACGAAAGUCGCAAUCCUGGAAGCCGUUAGAAACCGUGGACAUUGUCGUUAAAAGUGAUAUUAAAACUUCAACAGGUGUUGAUGAUGAAUUUGACCAACCGGUGGAGAUCUUUGAUAAGCCAGAAGCGUCAGAUAGCGAUGUUAACCUUGAGAACAUCGAAAUAAAAGAUUCGGAACUCUUCGAGGUCGAGAAGGAUUUGGAUUCAAAUUGCGAAUUGCCCAAAGUUCAAAUUUACAAGUGCGACACUUGUGGUCUUAUUAAAUACAAUAAAUCAACAUUGGAAAGACACAUGUAUGAGCAUACUGGGAUAAGACCCCAUCCAUGCAAAGAGUGCAAAAAGACCUUCUUAACGGCUAAUGAAUUAAGGGCUCAUUAUCUCAGUCAUCAUACCAUGGAGCCUCCCUUUGAUUGUCGGUAUUGUGAACGUCGUUACUUCUCCGCGGUCGGUAGGAAGAAACACGAGAGGAUCCAUACCAAUGAGCGGCCAUUUGUAUGCGACCAGUGCGGGAAGGCCUUUACGAGGAGCUGCACCUUAAACGCCCACAAGGAGACCCAUACAGCAAACAAAAAGUUCAGCUGCGAUGUAUGCGAUCGAUCAUUUAGCUUGAAGAAACACUUGGUGACCCAUUUCAGAUCUAAUGCGCAUAAGAGAAAAACUGAGAUGGCUUUGUCGUUAUCAGAAUCUAUGUCCUUGGUCAAUAUCGAGACCAAUGAAACUUGGUCCCAGUCCCAAGGAACUCAAGUAGUUAGUCCCAUCAACGAUAAUUUGGUGCAGACACAAUUUGUUUUGUUGUGUGAAGACUUUUAAUUCAGUUAAAGUUGUCAAAUGGUUAGUCUUUGACUAUCAGUUAGGCAAUCUAAAAACAUAUCGGUAAGUGGGAACCAACUAAAACUGAAUGACUCCAGAAAAGACAAAAAGACCGUACCAAGUAUUGGUUUAUGUUUACAAACCCAGCAACAAGAAGCCAAUAUUAAGCCUUUUACCCUGUAGUUAAGAGUAUGUUUGUUUAGUUGUUGAAAUCUUUAAAUAUCUCAAAAAAGUGCCUAAAGUGUCUAUACCUACUUUAUAAUGUACCAACUUUUUGGGUUGAAGGCGUAUUUUCACUAAACUAUAAAAUCUCAAUUAUAAUCUCAAUAAUCACCGAUUUUAAAUUAGCUCAAUAUCGGAUUUUUAAUAUUUUUAAGAUUUUACAACAUUUUAAAACGCACGUUUGAACGUUUUUUUUUUCUUACGGCAAUUUUUGUCUUCCAAAAAUCUGAAGUUUAUGUAUUAUUUCUUGCCUUAUAUUUGUAAAAUAACAAAAAAAAACUGAAGAGUUAUUUAGGAGUUGGUAGAUCUUUAAGAACUAUUUAAACGGCAGCUUAAAAACUUGAAAAUGCUAUACAAAAUGAAAAUAACACAAAAAACAUAUUUUACACUAAUAUUAUCUAUUAAAUAUUUGAAAUAUUAAUGUUUGUCAGUUCGCCUGUUUUUCUUAAAUUUUUAUAUGCAUCUACUUUAAAUAUUUUAUAAAGCUUAUCUUUUUGAUUUCAUAAGUAAGCAUUACUUCUAUUAUAUUAACCAAAACAUUAUUGUUAGUACUUAAAGGGGUUUUGUUGCCCUUAUUUUUUAUUUUACUUAAAACUUAUAUUUCAUGCUUUUAUUAUUAAGUUUUACUAAUUGCAGACAGCUUCUGGUUGACCAGACUGUUAAAGCUGUUAAUAGUUUGUUACAAUUUUUGAAUAAAGCUUUGAAUCUUUAAAAAAAA